AUGAUAAAUGCAGAGUAUCAAGUGACGUUGAUUGGUAAUUGUAAAAUAUCAAGUGAUGUUAAUGGUAAAUGUACAGUAUCAAAUGAUGUUAAUGAUAAAUGUAGAGUAUCAAGUGAUGUUAAUGAUAAAUAUAGAGUAUCAAGUGAUGUUAACGAUAAAUGUAAAAUAUCAAGUGAUGUUAAUGAUAAAUGUAGAGUAUCAAGUGAUGUUAAUGAUAAAUUGUCAAGUGAUGUUAAUGAUAAAUAUAGAGUAUCAAGUGAUGUUAAUGAUAAAUGUAGAGUAUCAAGUGAUGUUAAUGAUAAAUGUAGAGUAUCAAGUGAUGUUAAUGAUAAAUGUAGAGUAUCAAGUGAUGUUAAUGAUAAAUGUAGAGUAUCAAAUUAUGUUAAUGAUAAAUAUGAAGUAUCAAAUGAUGUUAAUGAUAAAUAUAGAGUAUCAAGUGAUGUUAAUGAUAAAUGUAAUAUAUCAAGUGAUGUUAAUGAUAAAUGUAGAGUAUCAAGUGAUGCUAAUGAUAAAUGUAGAGUAUCAAGUGAUGUUAAUGAUAAAUGUAGAGUAUCAAGUGAUGUUAAUGAUAAAUAUAGAGUAUCAAGUGAUGUUAAUGAUAAAUGUAGAGUAUCAAAUGAUGUUAAUGAUAAAUAUAGAGUAUCAAAUGAUGUUAAUGAUAAAUGUAGAGUAUCAAAUGAUGUUAAUGAUAAAUAUAGAGUAUCAAGUGAUGUUAAUGAUAAAUGUAAUAUAUCAAGUGAUGUUAAUGAUAAAUAUAGAGUAUCAAGUGAUGUUAAUGAUAAAUGUAAUAUAUCAAGUGAUGUUAAUGAUAAAUAUAGAGUAUCAAGUGAUGUUAAUGAUAAAUAUAGAGUAUCAA